UGUCUUCGGUUCCAAAAUGUUUGCGUAUGGUUGAAGACUUUUGUUGCACAUCAUGUUUAGAACAGAAUCUUGCGGAAUCUGCAGAUAUUUAUUGUGAGAAAUGUUUGAGGUUUUAUUGUAAAAAAUGUGUUAUCCAUCACAAUCAAUUGUUUACAAAACAUACGACAUGUGGAAGGGAGGAUAUUAAGAAAUGGCCAGUUUGUAAGGCUGUGGAAGAUUUUCUCAGGAAGUGUGAGGUGCAUGAGGAGAAAACAUUGACACAGUUUUGCCAUGACCACAGUCAGCUGUGCUGCUCUGAUUGUUAUGGAACAAUUCACAGCCAGUGCCGAGAAGUGACCCAGAUUUCGGAGCUGACCAACUCGCAGCCCUCAGGCCUAGAGGGGCUGUCAGUGGAGCUGGAAACUGCCCUGGGGGAAAUUAAAACCCUGCAGAUCAGUCAGGAGGCCAGCAUUCAGUCAUUGCAGAGAACAUACAAUGAACAUAGGGAAGUUAUGAUAGAGCAAAUGUGUGGCAAUUUAAAUACUUAUAUAGAUAAAUGUGAUAAUAAUUCUGUGGGAACAUCAGGCGGAAAUGAGCAAUAUUUAAAAGAAGAGAUGUGUAGGAAUUUUGUUUCUAUCUUGAAUGAAUUCGAUAAUAUUACUGCGAAGGAACUUAACGAGAUGAAAGAUGAAGUUAUAAGCAUUAAAGGGUCAGUUACAAGUUCUAUUCAUAAAUGCACCAGUCUUCACAAUGACUUGUCACAAUUCCAUGAAAUUGUUCAGAAAAUUGGAGAUCAUAAGGAGCUCUGCCUUAUAGCCAGCAUAAAAUGUAAGCAUAUAAUACAGCAGGCACUGACUCUGCUGGGAAAGUCAGGCAAGGCGUUUAAUGUCCAGAGUAAUACUAAGCACAAUGUGAGCAUACCAAGUGAUUCACGUACAUGUUAUAUCACAGGCAUAUAUGUUCUGACUGAUGGGCAGGUGCUGGUCGCAGACUGGAACAAUAAGAGGUGCAAGCUGCUGAACCAGCAGUACCAGGUGGUGAGUCACUGUGAUGUGACUGUAUAUGUAAGGGACAUGUGUCAGAUCACACCCAGUGAGGUUUCGGUGGCUCUGGAUAAGAAUGCUAGCAACACACAUAAUGUCCAGUUUAUUACAGUCACCCAGAGCCAGCUCACUCUUGGUAGGAAGCUUGAGUUACAACAUGGAUGUACAGGUAUUGCCUGCCAUAAGGGAGAACUGUUUAUCUGCUCUAAGACUGCUCUGUACAAGUACGCACUGAGUGGCAAACAGCUCUGCAGACUCUAUGAAGAUAGGUCAUCUGAUUAUACAGUAGUGAAGUGUGCUGUGAGUCCCACAGGAGACAGGCUGUACAUCACCAGCUACUACAAGCACAAGCUUCUCACCCUGGCCAGGGAUGGCACACUCCUGGCUACAUACUCAGACCCAGCACUAGAGAGCCCAUGGGGUCUACAUGUGACCCCUGCAGGCCAGGUGCUGGUCUGUGGAUACCUGUCCGACACUGUACUACAGGUGGGCUGGGAGGGGCAGAGUAAGCUGGCUACUCUUGCUACACGGGAAGAUGGAGUGAGGAGCCCAUGGUCAGUCUGCUACAGCAGCAACACAUCAUCCAUCAUUGUGGGACAGUGGUGGGGUGACAACAUCCUGGUGUUCAGAGUGGAAUAGUGUGAACAUUCGCUGCUGAGUCAGGACAAGGAUGCUGAGGAUGUGGUGGACAAGGAUGACCUGAAUACACAGAAGCAAUUGCUGAGCACAGCGGAAGACUGUUUAAUGAAAGGCUCAGCCGUAUCAAAGUCCAGCAAUGUGCGGGGACGCGGCCUAUCCAUAUCCAUAUAUUACAUCAUUUUAGCUGUCACUAACAAGGGAGAUAACUGUAGAUCUGCACCAGCAGAGAGCACCAGCAUUGGUAUUGAGCUGGCCCAGCAACAGAACCAGUCCAGCAUGCAGGAGAUCCAGUCAAGGACAACCCUUUCCCUCCCCUGACCCCUAACGUCCUCUUUUCACCUGCAGCCUCAAAGGAUCAGCAUCAUUGAACAAUUCUGUUCUGCAGGAAAUUCUCAGCAUGUCAAAUUUUCACGGGCUGUUCUCAACAACCGCAAUGUCCUGGUCGAGUUUUCCACACUCAAGCCUGAGUAGUUUUGAUAAAUAUAAGCAGCAGAAAUGGUAACACUAACAGCCAGUGUUCUUGCUGUUGGACAUCACAAAGAAUAUCACAGAAUUAAAAGUUGAAUAACUUGUUCCAUUCAUUAUGGGACCAACAGAAAUUCAGCAAGAAACGGCAAAAAAUCAAGGAACAAUUGAAGCGAUUAAUUUAGAAGUGUAGGCUUUCCAAAGUAGAUACUUCUGCUGUUGAUAGUUUUGACAGUAAUAGCGUUACGGACGUCUCAGUUUGUCCUCUCAGGCGUGUAAACUGUCCAAAGAGAAAAAGCUUCUGACGCUUUUGCUGAUGAAGAAAGGCAAGAAUGACCUGGCUGUGAACACCAAGAGGACAAUACAUCCUUGGGGCAUGCCUCAGAGGCAAAUUCCGCUCAAGAUUAUAAACAAGGUGCAAAAUGUGAAUAUGUCUAGCUUUGUUACGAGCACUUCCCACUCCGAGCCCAUAGGCCUCGUAUUGAAUCGAGGCUAGAGAAGGCAUUGACAAAUGACAGCAGUUGUGUUGUUUGGUCCAGUACGCCCUUCGACUCUCAACCCGAUGUUAAUCAGAACUCAAACUCAGCCCUUAGCAAUAUCAGCUCAGCUCCUUGAGCCUCAGGAGAGCACCAGCAUUGAUAUUGUGUUGGCCCAACAACAGCACCAGUUCGGCAUGCAUUUGCCCCAGUCCAGGACAACCCUUCCCCUACCCUGAUCCAUAUCUCCUCCCCCAAGACCUCCAGCCUCAAAUUCUGAACACAUCCAGUUUUCUUGCACUGUUCUCAUCAACCGCAAUGUCCACGUCAAGUUAUCCACUGUCGAGCCCGAGUAGUUUUGUUUAGCUUGAGUGUCCGAGUGGGAAGAGUGUUACAGACACAAGGAGUUAUAUCAGUAGUUAUGGUAAUGCUCAAUCAACAGUCAGUUCUUGCUGUUGGACAUCACUGUGAAUAUCACGACGAAUGAGAAGUUGAAUAACUUGUUUCAUUCGAUAUGGGACAAACACAAAUUCAGCGAGGAACGGGACAAAAAAAUCAAGGAACAAUUGAAGCGAUUUAUGCAGAAGUGUAGGCUUUCCAAAGUAGAUACUUCUGCUGUUGAUAGUUAGGACAGUAGUAGUGUUACGGACCGUCUUGGUUUGUCCUCACAGGCGUCUAAACUGUCCAAAGGGAACAUAAAGCUUUUGACGCUGUUGCUGAUGAAGAAAGGCAGUAGUGACUUGGCUGUGAACACCAAGAGCACAAUACAUCAAUGGGGCAUGCCUCAGACGCAAAUUGCGCCCAAGAUUGUAAACAAGGUGCAAAAUGUGAACAUGUCUAGCUUUGUUACGAGCACUUGGCACUUGUAUUGAAUCGAGAAUAGAGAUGGCUUUGAAAAAUGACAGCAGUUUUGUAAUGUCGUACAGUACGCACUUCGACUCUCAACAGAGUUAGUCAGAACUCAAACUGGGGCCUUAGUAAUAUCAGGUAAUUGUAGAGACGCUCAAAGUGAAACAAUUUGUUCCAACAGAUAGAACAGGCGUUGAUUGACUCGUCCGUAAAUGUGACUGGCCUUAAUAUGUUGCUCUCGAAUAAUGUGAACCUCACCAGGAGAGCUGUCUGCGAUUGACGCCAUUCAACAACAGUUGUUGUCGGGAAUUCCCGGGUUUGGGUUGGUGACUUAGGUGUCGGGACUCGCUUCAUCUCUGCAUAUGGCACGGUCGCAGCAGCAGCAGCAGCAACAAGAACAGCAGGACCUCAUGCAAUUAUGGAUCGGUACCCAGCUUAACACCAUACUCUCUGGUCAGCUGGGCCCAGACGCCCAGGGACACUUCCUGUGCGUGGGGUUGAUGGGCUCUUGGCCAAGGAUCUUAGGGCAAAUGCUCUAGUCCUACCCCCAGGAUGCAGCCAGUCUUAACCUGGGGCUUCAAUCUGUCCCAUCCAGGGGCCGAGAUGACCUCAUCCACAAGGUUCAUCGUCGCUUCUGAGUCCGGACAAAGAUGCUGAGGAUGUGGUGGACAAGAAUGACCUGAAUAUGCAGAAGGAGAGCACCAGCAUUGAUAUCGAGUUUGCCCAGGAACAGCACCAGUCUGCCUGAAGAAUCCCCAGUCCAGGACAAUCCUUUCCCCCCCCCCUCCCCCCGACCCCUAGC